AUGGGGAGACGGAUAAAGGAGAGUGUGGAGGGAGAUAAGCCGCAUGCUGGCUAUUUGCGGCUUGAGCAGUCAUUAAGAGGGCUUAUCCCACACGGCGAUGACGCUAGGAUACCGGCGCUCCCAGCAGACCCGGGCAAGACACAAGGCCCAACACGGCGCUCUGUAAUGGCUGUUUUGAGUGACCACGUUCUGGACUGGUGCAAAUCCCACAGACGCUGCGCUCAGUGUCUGACGCCUUGCAAAGAGCUUUGGGAAACCAGGAAAGUGCUGUCUCAAAAGUCCUGUGAGAAGCAGACAGAGUGUGCAACGAGCCGUGAGUUUGUUCUCUCGCUGCGCACCUCCAGACAGGGCGACUGCCCGGCUCCUCAGAAGGCCACGGGCUUCGCUGCUGCGUGUGUGGAGAGCUGCUCCUCAGACCUGCACUGCCCUGCCCCCAGGAAGUGCUGCUCCAACAGCUGUGGUCACACCUGCCAGCUGCCCGCCAACCUCUACAGGGGCGUCCCGCUGAAGCCGCGCCGCGACAUGACGUUUGUGGAGGACUCCCAGGGCCGCGUCCGUGUGCUCUGGCUCUCCAAGUUCAAUGUGAGCGUGGAGCCUGUAGUGUAUGUGCUGCAGUCCCGCUGGAACCCGGGCAUCCAUCCCAGUGAGGACCACGCCUCUCCCUGGACCACCGUCACCAUGACGCUGUCAGAAGACACUCUCCUGUCCGAUCUGCGGUCCCAGCGCUGGUACCAGUUCAGAGUGGCAGCCGUCAACAGCCAGGGCAGCCGGGGCUUCACCACGCCCAGCAAGCACUACAUCUCCAACAGAGAUCCGUCUCCUCCUGAGCCUCCUCAGAACAUCAGAGUGGGCAACCAGACGCUGCAGUGGAGCCCCUCGGCCCUCUCUCAGUUCACAGAAAGCAGAGGACGGGUGGCUACAGUGAGCACGCUGCUCCGCUGGGACGUCCCGAGAGAAGGGGACCUGCCUGUGCAUAGCUUCAGAGUGAGCUGGAGCCCUCAGCAGACCCAGGUUCACAGCCGGGCCCAAUCCAGGUCACAGGGCGACAGCCGGAGGGACAGCAACACCAGGGUCACACAUGGGGUGCACACGCCUCAGGUGCACACGCCUCAGGUGCACACGCCUCAGGUGCACACGCCUCAGGUGCACACGCCUCAGGUGCACACGCCUCAGGUGCACACGCCUCAGGUGCACACGCCUCAGGUGCACAUGCCUCAGGUGCACACGCCUCAGGUGCACACGCCUCAGGUGCACACGCCUCAGGUGCACACGCCUCAGGUGCACAUGCCUCAGGUGCACACGCCUCAGGUGCACACUCCUCAGGUGCACACGCCUCAGGUGCACACGCCUCAGGUGCACAUGUCUCAGGUGCACAUGCCUCAGGUGCACACGCCUCAGGUGCACACGCCUCAGGUGCACACGUCUCAGGUGCACACGCCUCAGGUGCACACGCCUCAGGUGCACACUCCUCAGGUGCACACGCCUCAGGUGCACACGCCUCAGGUGCACACUCCUCAGGUGCACACGCCUCAGGUGCACACUCCUCAGGUGCACAUGCCUCAGGUGCACACGCCUCAGGUGCACAUGCCUCAGGUGCACACGCCUCAGGUGCACACGCCUCAGGUGCACACGCCUCAGGUGCACACGCCUCAGGUACACAUGCCUCAGGUGCACAUGCCUCAGGUGCACAUGCCUCAGGUGCAAACGCCUCAGGUACACACGCCUCAGGUGCACACGCCUCAGGUGCACACGCCUCAGGUGCACAUGUCUCAGGUGCACACGCCUCAGGUACACAUGCCUCAGGUGCACAUGCCUCAGGUGCACACGCCUCAGGUGCACACGCCUCAGGUGCACAUGUCUCAGGUGCACAUGCCUCAGGUGCACACGCCUCAGGUGCACACGCCUCAGGUGCACACGUCUCAGGUGCACACGCCUCAGGUGCACACGCCUCAGGUGCACACUCCUCAGGUGCACACUCCUCAGGUGCACACGCCUCAGGUGCACACGCCUCAGGUGCACACUCCUCAGGUGCACAUGCCUCAGGUGCACACGCCUCAGAUGCACAUGCCUCAGGUGCACACGCCUCAGGUGCACACGCCUCAGGUGCACACGCCUCAGGUACACAUGCCUCAGGUGCACAUGCCUCAGGUGCACAUGCCUCAGGUGCAAACGCCUCAGGUGCACACUCCUCAGGUGCACACGCCUCAGGUGCACACGCCUCAGGUACACAUGCCUCAGGUGCACAUGCCUCAGGUGCACAUGCCUCAGGUGCAAACGCCUCAGGUACACACGCCUCAGGUGCACACGCCUCAGGUGCACACGCCUCAGGUACACAUGCCUCAGGUGCACAUGCCUCAGGUGCACACGCCUCAGGUGCAAACGCCUCAGGUACACACGCCUCAAGUGCACACGCCUCAGGUGCACACGUCUCAGGUGCACAUGCCUCAGGUGCACAUGCCUCAGGCAUGA